CGCAACUGUCUCAUGUGGGAAGUGCGUCGAUGAAUCGCACUGAAGUUUGGAAAAAGGUCACUCUUUUCCACGGACUUUGGGACAUUUCCUCGUGUUGGACAAAGUGAAAAGGCAUUGCAGACAGGCAUUCUGGAAAAUCCCAGUGACCCCAUCGUAAAGGGACCACAGUUCCCAGAGGACAUUCCUCUUUUCUGUAUGGAAUAAUGUCUGAAGAAAGGAGUUAGAGAUUGGACAACAGGGAUUGCUAACAAAACAGUGUUUUGUGGCAUGUGCCUUGGGCUCAACAUCAUCAGCAAAAUCGUAAUAAUAAAGUCAAAUUGGUUUGGAAACAUCUGGAUAUAAAGCAUACAGAGCGGUGCUUAUCAAACUUUUUCAAGUUGUAUUAAGUCAUCAAGCUUUCAUUUGGCCAGACUGCUGUUUUUAUUCUAUUUAAUUCAAAUUAACUAAACAAAUCGAAAAAUAAGCCAAAUGUAAACAAAUGGCCCAAAUGUUUUCAAUGCCCACAUAUAUAAGUUGAUUCAGUAGUCGAUUAAUAAUCAGUGUUGGUGCAUUUUAUUGAGGAUUUUAUUUUAUUUUAUUUGCUUUUAGAUCACAUGAUAUCCCUGAGCCACACUUUGAGAACCAUUGAUAUAGAGACACGUUCACAUCUGUAGCCUCACAAAUCUCUCUUUCUCGUUUUCAUUCGUCUUAUCCUUUCUAUCUGUGCAUUUGCCCCUGAGGAGCCCUGCAUCUACACGCGCGCCUCAUUCACCCACCUGACUCUUUCUCCCUUCCACGGUAACCUCUCAUACCUUUCCUGUGGUUCUUUCCUCUCUCUCUUCCCUAGUGUAAUGUCCCAUUUAUAAUGAAGCCUUUAAUUAAUGAUGCACGGUUCUGAAUUAGAUUCUGGUUCAAUGACUGCAUGGGACUCUGGAUCCCUGCAGAUGCAGUGACCUUUGGAGAGGGCCAGACUGCUGCUCUGUGAACAUCACUGGCCUACCACCUUUACUCUCACACACACACAUAAUCCAUGUCUACCGUCGAUCUCCCGGCAGCAAUAGUGAUUGGUAAAUGUCAGCGCUCAGGCCAUUGAAUUACAUGGUUUAUUAGAAUUGGUGUUGGGGAUCUUCGUCCAUCAGAAAGGAUCAGGUCAGCCCACAAGCUUUCUUCUCUUCUUACAGCCCUCAGCAAACUGUGGAUCUUAUUUUUGAUUGGUGGGAUUAUCGCUUUCUCUCUGCGCCGGGCUUGAGGGUCUUACCGACACAUUUGGCAGGACUACACAGAAUCCCAAAUCCUGUUACACAUUUCACGUGGAUAAAUUAAAGGAGAUUAUUUUGCGUUAAACUUGCAUUUCUUUGGCCGUUCUUUACAGCACAUGUUUUACUAGCGGACGCCGCUGAAGACAUUUAACGGGCUGGAAACACUGUUUAACAAAGGUGACAAAAAUGAAUAAAUCGUGAAGUGGGAGUGAGAGUUAGUUCUUCAAGCAGAAGAAAACGCUUUAUCCCACCCCUAGCUACCUGCUGGCUCCGAGUGAAGGAGAGCUCGAAUUGAAGUCUGACAGUUGCAGCCUCUCUGGCUCUCGAGCUUCACGGUUUGUUUAUGUAUUUGCUUUGUUGUUUGCUUUUCUCAUCCCCCUGUGCCCGUGUCAUGCUCUGUUGCCGGCGUGCCAUCCUGGAGCAAUGCCUGUCCCAGAGAUGGCUUUGAGCCCGGUGAAGUCGUUGUACUGGGAGGUGUUCCCCCCUAUGGCCACGAACAGAGUGUACUGCACGCCCGUGCUCUGGGCCGGACGGCUGUAUGUGCUGGGGGGUUGCAGAGAGAACGGCUUGCCCCUGGACUCGGCCGAGGUUUUGGAUUUGGAGAGCCAGAGAUGGUGCGAACUACCCCCUCUCCCCACUGCCCGGGCGGGGGCAUCGGCCGUGGCAGUUGGAGAUCAACUGAUGGUCAUGGGGGGCAUGGAUGAACAACAAAGCCCACUGGCUUCAGUAGAAGUGUAUCACCCUGAUGAAGGCAAAUGGGAGAGGAAGACAGGACUGGGGCAACCCUCCAUGGGCAUCACCACACUGGAGAAAGAUGGCAAGGUGUAUGCCUUGGGCGGGAUGGGAGCAGACACGACCCCUCAGGCCUCUGUAAGAAUAUAUGAGCCAACAAAGGACCAGUGGCUACACCUCACCUCCAUGCCGACCCCUCGAUAUGGAGCUUUUUCUUUCUUGCAUGGGAACAAAAUUUAUGUUCUUGGUGGACGGCAAGGCAAGCUGCCAGUUACCGCAUUUGAGGCCUUCGACCUGGAGAUGAAGAGCUGGACGAGGUACCCGUGCAUCCCCAGCCGCAGAGCUUUCUCUUCAUGCGCUGCUACCGACAGGGCCUUCUUCAGCCUGGGAGGACUUCAGCAGCCCGGGCCCCAUAACUUUUACUCCAGACCUCACUUUGUUUCCACUGUGGAGGAAUUCGAUUGUGAGCAGGGUGUGUGGCUGAAGGCUACACGGAGCUGUCGCAUGAGAGAAAAGCGAGCAGAUUUCAUAGCCGGCUGUCUUGGCGGGCGGGUCAUCGUUGCAGGGGGACUUGGUAACCAGCCAACGCCGCUGGCAUCGGUGGAGAGUUAUAACCAGCUGAAGAGGAGAUGGGAAGCUGUUGCGCCAUUACCCAGCCCUCGCUGCUCAUGUGCCUCCAUUCAGACCCAAAACAUGCUGUUUCUUGUUGGAGGGGUAUGCCAGGGUCCCAGCAAUGCCGUGGAAGCCCUCUGUUGGAAAGAGACCGUCUGACACACAUACACUUGAACAAAUACCUAAAUUCUCACAUGCUGUACUCUCCCGAGCAUACGCUCUGGAAACACACACGUGAAGAAGCCAAGAGGACGUGUAUGUAAACAUUUACAAACUUUUCCUGCAGGAGAUGCAUCAGCUUUAUACUUUGAAAUUUGGAGACAAUCUUCUGGAGCUUGUGGACGGUGUUCUGGAUGGAAGACGUUUGGAUCGUAGAUAAGCAAAAAAUAUAUUAAUGCAUAACUCAACUAUCAUAAUAUAUAUUGAUAUAUAAUAUAUGUGUUAUUGAACAUAAAUUUUAUAAUAUAUACAAUAGUGCAUAUAUAAACUAUACACAAGAUAGAUCUGUACACAGGAAGACACACUAGACUCCAGACGCCUUUGAACUGUACAUCUACAGCAUUUUUCAGUAUCAAAGCAGGGUAACUUUCUGGCAAACUAAAGAGGAACUUAGGGCCAUAUCCACCAAGCUGCCAAGGCACCUGUCUAAGGUAGCAUGUUUAGCACUUUUUGUAUUUUUGACAAACAGAGGAUGUGCUGUGCGAGACCUGGAGGCGGAUGCAAGCUUGUGCGUUUUUGUAUCUUCACGUGUGGAACAUUUUGCGGUGUUAUGACUCUUAUACUUCACUAUUGCAUACACUGUAGCAAGAGACAGUUGAGAUGAAGAGAAUGUAAAUCAUCUGGCCAGUCAGAUAAAAGAGUGUUGCGGGUUCAAAACAAGUUAAGCUUUAUCGAUUACCACAUAUAAUCAUUUGCACUUGUUUGUGAAACAAGCAGUUAUUGGGUUUACAGUUAUAGACUUACAUUGAAGGCAGUCUCAACAUGUUUUAUUUAAAACAGUGCAUUAUUUCAAUUACCUUACCCCCACAUACACACAUUAACAGCUUUUUUACCUUUUGAGAGUGUACGACUACAUUAAAUUACCCCAGCAAGUGAUUUUUGCAGAUUUUGUAAAAAAAAAAUUCUUGCAAAUAUAUUUUUAAGUUCAAUCAAUUUAAAAAUUACAAUUAUUUUUAACUUUCUUGACUUAUAUGGAAUUGCUAUAAAUAAUUUAAUUAAAGGUGCAGUGUGUAAUUUUUAAAAGGAUCUCUUGACAAGAAUGCUAAAUAAUAUUCAAAACUAUAUUAAAAGGGGUGUAUAAAGACCUUUUAAUAAUGAACCAUUACGUUUUUAUUACCUUAGAAUGAGAUGUUUUUAUCUACAUACACCGAGGGUCCCCUUAUGUGGAAGUCGCCAUUUUGUGCCGCCAUGUUUCUAAAGAAGCCCUUAACGGACAAACUUUUUUUACUAAAUUGUCUCAGUCGAAGACAUGUUUUUCCGGUGGUGGCUACUGUAGCUUCUCUAUUGGCGCUUUUCCAUUGCAUGGUACCCCAUGGUUUAGUUUAGUAUGGGUCGGGUCAGCUCACCUCACUUUGGCUUUUUUAGCUUUUCCAUCGAGUUUAGUAUAACUUCGCAGUCGGGGGGAUUAUAGGCGUGUUGUAUAUUAGCGCUGCCUGCUGUGACAUCAUACAAGGGAGAGCGUCGUUGUAUAUUCCCAUACAGUUAUUUAUUUCUCAGUCCGCCACAAAAUUAAAAUUGACCACCACAAACAGAUGUUUGCACAUCGCGUUUAUCACUAUACCUCUGUCUCAAAUGACAGUUUCUGUACAAACACCCGCGGCGUCAGCCGACGGCGCUCCGCAGAGCCUCAUUAAGGUUGCAUUUAAGCAUAUAUAAUGCUGACGUGCUUGUCGCAAAUGUUCCGCCACAAACUGCAAGUCUGGAAAAAAACUGUUAUGGUGUCACUGAUUCUCAACCUGUGGAUGUUUUUCAUCGCUAAAUGGGAGUUUGGGAACUUAUAGCAGAGCAGAUGACAACAUGUUUGCUCGAGACAGCGCAAGCUAGCAUUGAGGUAAAGCUAAUCUUUUACAUUAUAGCGAUGACGUGACGAUUCUCUCAGACCAAUCAGUGAUCUACAGUGUUUUCGCGUCACGUUUGGUAUCAGCUCGGGUCGCUUGGAACCUCAACCGAGGUGGUACGAAAUAAAAGUAUUGGGUAUUACGUACUGCACCCAAUGGAAAAGCUCCCAAAAGUAAGCUGACCCGACCCAAACUAAACCAAACCGUGGGGUACUAUGCAAUGGAAAAGUGCCAUAUACGUUUCAAAAGUGAGGGAAGAGUAGUGGACUGAGCCAUGGGUUGCACUUCGCAACCUCACCAUUAGAUGUCACUAAAAUUUACACACUGCACCUUUAAGUUGAAUUAUUAAUUUAUAGCAACGCUAUACUUACUAAUUAAUUGUAAUUUUUUAGUUGAUUAAACUUAAAAAUUUAAGUGAAAAAAAGGAAUUUUACAGUAUAUCUGUACAGUGAUGUGUUCAGGGAUUAAAAUAAAUAUUUAAAAAGCUCGGAUGCAAUAGCUGCUAAAAGGCACCUCCACCUUUGACCAAAAGCUUGUGGCACAAUUAUACGUUUAUCAAAUACUUUUCCUUCAAAUCCACUUAAUCCCGACCUCAGGCCAUUCAGAAAUACCGGUUUGUUGGAAGAAUCUGUUAAACGCCACAUUGAAUUUAAGUGCACGGCAGAAGAAUUGCAUGAACCACGGCAUGCAUACAUCGGAUAUCAAUUGUCGAGCUGCAAGACUUUCAUUUUUAUCAAAUAUAUUAGGAUAUUGACUGGAUUUUUUUAGCCUUUUACCUUUAUUCCCAAAAAAGACAGUGAAGAGUAACUGGAGACUUUUUAGAAGUGUAGAUUUUUGCCAAAAGCAUGUAUGCACUUAGAGGGUUUUGCAGCGAAAGACAGCUUAAUGUUAAAUACCAAUGAAAUUACUAAAGUGACAUAGAAAUUAGGCAUUUCAAUUACUAACUAAUAAUCUUUUAAUUGCCAUUAAAGUUUUUUGUAUGUGUGCUCCCUGGGAAUCAAACCCAUUAUCUUUGCAUUGUUAAUUCAAUGCAUCACCAAUUAAGCUACAGGAGGAAUAUAAAAUUAAGGAGCAAUAUGCAAUUUAUAUACAGCGUUAAUCAACAGCAUACAAGUUGUUGUUUACAGAGCUUAUCUUGUUUUGAUCCCUGAACACUUAUUUAAUACCAGUUACGUCUUAAAAAUGAGUAAAGCUGGAUUAAAGUGGAAUAAACUAUUGACACUACCACCUUGUUAAAACGAGCAUUGUUAAACACCUUAAAAACACAGGAGAUGUUCCCGCUUCAGUUUAGAGAAUGCAGCGCAACCGUUCAAUCCACAAAUGAUGGCUUUCUGCCUUUCGGGUCAUAUUUAAUUAGAAGCUAGAUCCUUGGGGUAAACGCUAAUUAGAUCUAGUCGUUGUGUUUGCAAUAGAAGGCUCACAGACAAGCGUUAACUGUUUCUGAGUGACCCAUUUACACAAGGAGGGAUGAAUGCUCUUAAGAGACAUGCCAGAGCUCAUUUUUUGUAAUUUCGAUGAGCUAAAACCUUAGAUGCUGACCUCACUUGCCUUGUUUUCGGUUCACUUGUGAGGGCCCUUCUUUCCCCCCGCCUAUGCUCUGACGAGCGUAUCGGGUCACUGGGUUUAUUUAGCAUGCCGAAAACAGAACUUCCGCAUGUCAGGAAUUCGGAAUGAAUUCAGGUGCAUCUCUGCGAUGACAGGUCAAUACAAGUUUGAUUUAUUUGGUCUGUGUGGGUUCGUAUAAAUAUCUGUUUACCAUGAGCAGCGAAGUGGCAACCGCAUACCGAUUACUGAUCACAUUGUGGUCUCAGAUGGUUUGAUAACCGGUUGUUAUUUGGCAAAAUGAUGCCUGAAGGUGUAGUAAGCGGUUCAUACAUAUUCAUACCGAGUUAUGGAGAGCUUUGAGUGCGUACGUCUGUUUGUAUAUUCGGAUAGGGUGGUAAAGACCGACACUGUUUUGAAUGUGCUGUCUGACAAAAGUGCUUGCAUUCAAAUGACACAUGCUUGCUCACAAACAUAAGGAUCAAAGCGGCAAACACAUACAAUCUACAUUUAGAUUUAUUUAGAUUCACGCCUCCCUAAUGACUGUGAUAUUGUGCUAGCUGCCGGCGGUCUUGUGCAACAUGUCACAGCGGAAAUGCAAACCCGUGAUAGAUGGAUAUUUAUGGAGUCAUGCAACAGAAGACUGGAAGAUGUAACAUCAGGAGAUGAGCAAAUUAUUUUAUUUUUAUCUUAUUUUAUUUUUUUGGUCACUGAUGUUUUAUUAUUGUGGACUCUGCUGCAAAUUUACUCAAGUUAAUAUCUUCUUCAAUUUUUUUUUAAAAGUUAAAUGUCACUGAGUUCAAGCUCCUAGCACUCCAGUGACUGCUGAUGUGUGAGAUGAUCUGAAAGAAAGAUAAUGCAGAAAGAAAUAAACAGCUAUGUUUUUAAGAUACAAAUUCUGCAGCAUUACUCAUCUCAUCUCAUUUAAGCUGACUAUAUAAAAUAGGAACACUAUAGACUUUGUUUGUUAGUAUUCCUUAAACACUCAGAGGAGAAUUUGCAUUUUCAGUCUGUGAUUUCUAAUUGGUUUUUAGGAAGGUGGGUUUGGAUUUAAGAGUAAAAUAAGGUCUGUGGUCACUGGGCUUGAAGAGGCAAUCCUCUUUUGUUUAAAGGAACAUAAAUUACACACAGUCACGACUCUUAACAUGAAUAAUAAAUGCAAGUUGCUUAUGUUUAUGUGCCCAAUGAAUACACACAAAAAAAAUGCUAGGGGGGGUUCAACCCAGCGUUGGGUCAGAAAGGGACAAACCAAGCUGCUAGGUUAAAUUAACCUAGAAAAUCUUUAUAUUUGACCCAACAAUGGGUAAAAACAAACCAAAUUUUGGGUUAAAACAAUCCAACAUAGGUUAAAUUACAACCCAGCGGAAUAACCUAGCAUGUGCUACAGCAAGUGUAGCACAGCUUGAAAUCCUUAUUAAGCACAUUGUCAGCAACAAUGUACUAUAAUGUUGAAAAACAUAACAGGAAAGUCUCUUAAAGCAAUGUUAACAAAACUAAAAACCACACAAUAAGUGCUGGGUUUUUUUAAUCCACACUAUAAAAAGUGCUUAAAGAGGCAAUCCUCUUUAGUUUUAAGAAACAUAAAUUACACACACUCAUGGCUCGAACAUAAAUUAAUACAUUCAAGUUGCUUGUGUGCAUGUGCCCAAUGAACAGUGGCGCCCGGAGACUUCUCUUCCAAGGGGUGCGAAUUCAAAAUAUGUGUUCGGAGUGUCAUGUGUGGCUCAUCAUCAUUUCAAAAUAUGUGUUUGGUGUUUGUUGCAUCAUGUGAACCAUGUGCAUCAUGCCUCUUGUAAAAAUAUGAGCUUGCUGCAAAUGCAUCGAAAGGAUUUAUGAUAAAAGAGACGCUCGUGUUCACAAAAUACUCGCAAGACAGUAACUUAACACUAUACGUUGAUUACACAUAAGAUUAAGUGAGUAUCUGGCAAAUGUGUCUCUUUUAUCAUAAACUCUUUAGACGCGUCUGCAGCAGGCUCGUAUUUUGACAUCACAUGUGAUGCACAUAAGUUUACAUGACGCGCCGAACACAUAUUUUGAAAUGACGAACCACACAUAUGACGGCAACAUACAUGUUGUGACGAGCUUCGCAUCAUGCGCCCUCGAAAAAGAAGUCAUUGACCUUCACUGCCAAUGAAUACACACAAAACAACGCUGGGGGUCAGAAAGGGACCUGCCCAGCAGCUGGGAUAAAAUUAACCAAGAAUAUUUGGUAAUUAACCCAACAUUAAAACACCCAGCAUGAGUUAAAUUACAACCCAGCAGGAUUUUUGUCCAGCAUUUUUUAAACUGCAUGGUUUGACCAAAAUGUACGAACCCAACUGUUGCGUUAUAAAUGGUUAUUUUAGCCCAAAUGGGUCAAAUAUGGAAUUUUCUAUGGUUAAUUAAACCCAAUGGUUGGGUUUGUCCCUUUCGGAGCAAACCAGCAUUUUUGAGUGUACUUUUGAAACACAUUACACUCUAAAAAGAAAUGCUGGGUUAUUUUCAACCCAACCCAUUGGGCUGUAAUUUAACCUAUGCUGGGUUGUUAUAACACAUUGUUGGGUCAAAUAUAACCAUUUUUAGCUUAAUUUAACCCAAUGACUGGCUCCCUUAUUGACCCAGCACUAGGUUGAAAAAACCAAGUAUUUUUGAGAGUGUAGAAAUUUUGAUGCCUUUGGAGUUGGCCUACAAAAAUGUCACUUAAUUUAUUUUAGCACAGAGCUGGUGAACGAGGGGCUUAACUUAAUGAAUCUCAUAUCUCAUGAAUCUCAUUUAUAGCCAGAAGUUUAAAAUGGUUUACUGUUUGAGUUGUUCAUAUUAGAGGUGCAGCAAAUUCCAUUCAGACAUCUCCACAGUGCUUUAAAUCACUUUAAGGAAUACAAAUUGUUUGACUCUGGGCUUUUUUUAUUCUGGAAUGUUGCAAUGCAUUUCAUCCUUUACCCUUAUUUGUAUGUAAAUCACUUCCGAGUGUGUGUAUUUGAUCACCUAAACUUUAGUAGCAGUUGUUUUGCAGUGAUUCUUCACGUUUCUCCACGUUCUGAAUAUUCUGUGGUGAAUUUCAAAAUUCAAGUCGGUGAAUUAAUGCCGUUUCUCCAGUGUUUUGUGGUUUUACCUGUUUGUUUUGUUCAUUUGUGAGGUAACAGGUUGUCAUGUUGACCCGUGAUACCAGCAGCUGUAGAGAUGAUCUGAUGUUUAUUUAUGAUGUCGUGAUGUCAUAUAGUGAUGUAAUAGUGGUAGCUGAUGGCCUCCGAUACUCCGGGCACAUUUCAGCACAUUUUCUAACUCACAAUCUCCAUAAUAAAUCAAUCAAAAUUCGCAUAAUCUCAUUGCAUAAUCUCCAAUCUAAAGAUAGAUAAGGUUUGGUUUUAGCCCGGAGCGGAAAAUACAAUUGUAGUUCAUGUUUUCCAGAUAUGAAAUAUUGCCAUAAAAGAUUGUUUCACACUGAAGUAGAUGAGCAGAGACACACAGGCGGCCCAAGGGAACUAACACUGUCCUAUGAGAUUACAUUGCACUCAUACACGCAGCGAAAACUGUUUCACCCUCUAGCGUACUGUUGGCGACCAUGCACUGAAUUAACCUUUGUUGUUACACUUUGAAAUACAGGUAUCUGUUAUUCACAUUUUUUAUUCUGUGAAGAAUUAUGGGAUUAUAGAUGUGUUGGUGUUUGAGCACUGUAGUCAUGACCUUUGUGAGAUGGGGAUUUGGUUUAUGUUAAAUAAUGUGAUUUAGUCUGGGAAAACCCAGCUAAAGUCAUGGACUGUGAGUAAAUGAAUGAGUAAAAUGAAACUUUGAUUAUGAGACUUUAGCCUGGAUUUCACAGACAGGGUCAUAUAUUUAAAAUGCUUUAAAAUGCAUUGACAGCUUAAAGGUGUUGUAAAUUUUGUUAACUUCAGCCGCACGGCCUCUUUCUAAACUCCGCCCAUGCAAAAUUGACUGGCUUUCUGAUUGGCUAGAUUUCUGAUCAUCUUAAAAAAAGCACAGACCUGACUCAUUUGUGUUGUUUACAGAGUCAAGUGCUGUCACAGAGACAGGUGUGAUUUCUCAGGACACCUAUUUUCUAUGAUCUCUGUGAGGAAGUAGUGACUUUAUAUGCGUUGUAUUUCAACAACAAAACGAAAGAAAAAUGCUUACAGCACCUUGAUAUUUGUCAUCAGUAUUAAAGACCCUUAGAAAGCAAUAUAUAAAAUAGCAGGAAAGCGGAAUAAAAUCUUUGGUACCAGUAAUCCCCAUUGUAUGUUAACAGAGAUUUAAAUUGCAUAUCACAUGGAGAUCUUGAAAAUGGAUGGGUUAACAUGCUCUGGAUUUAAAUCAGAAUUGUUUGGAAAAGACACACAGUUGCAAGUCCAGUUCAGUAGUUCAGUGCCUAUAUAUGUGAAGUAGUGCCUCUACUACAAUUUCUGUAAUAAAGUCUUUGAACAUU